UAUAGAAACUCGGGCCCCUCCCACGAUCGAAAGAGACCUCAGGGACGGAACGCUUUGAGGGCGCUUGACCAAGCGCUGGGCGGCACUAAUUGCGGAUCGAGCUUAGUUAGUUGAAGAGAGUGCCCCCCAACUGCGCUGGACGGAAGUUUCGCUAGUUAUGGGCAGCGCACCGAGCCAGAAAGACGCUGUCAGUCACGCCACGGAGGUCGAGGUGGCGGCUGCAGCGCAGGAGCCUCAGAAAUCGAAUCAGAUGCCGAAGGACCAUCAUUCUGACGACAAUAUUUGCGUGUGUGACGGUGUGAGCCCCAGCAAAAAGCGACGACGAACGCAGAGUGGUGAAGCAAAGCGAGAUCCGCAGGAAAACGGAGCUGCUGUGUCCGAAGAGCAAACGCAGGAGAGCGAAGAGAAAGUGGAAGCUCCGAAGGAGAACGGACAUGUGGAAAAUGAGAAAGAGGCUGAGAAAGAGCAGAUAGACGGUGAUAUUGUCUCGAAUGGGAUUAAAGAACCAGACGAACAAGAGAAAGCGACGACAGAGUCAGUGGGUGAGGAAGUGCAGGUUAAUGGCGAACGUGCUGAGGAGCAAGAGAAGCAGGAAGGCGAUACGGCAUUAACGACUGAGGGAGUUACAUCAGGAUCAGUACCUCCAUCAGUACCAGUAUCAGUAUCAGUACCGGUACCAAUACCAGUAUCAGUGCCAGUACUCGAAAGAGUGCCUUCUCCAGCAGUCCAUACUGGCAUCGAUAUGGUGUUCCCAGACGACGAAGUGCCUAUCGAACUUUGUCCGUUUUCAAGCGAUGGAAGCGCCGAGGAGAUGAUGCCCGACUCUCCACCUCGUAGAUUUAAUAAAUCGUUGGAAGUAGCAUCCAAAACUACAACAGCGACUCCUACUACUCCAGCUCCAGCGCCGCCUACCCCAGGAACACCAGCAGAUACAGCUUUGACACCUGCGUCGGUGACAGCAGACGAUUCAGUGACACCAAACUCGGUGAAUCGUACCGUCGGAAGAAGGAAGCGCAGGAAGAAAUUGAGUUUUUCAGCUCCACGAAGCAAAGCAGCGACCAACGCGAGGCAGGAGCAGAACAAAACCCCUGCAUCACCUGCAUUAGAAGACAAAAUCAGCAUUUCAAUGAACGGGUAUGCAGCUCAGAAUGGAGUCGAAGCUGACUCCGGCGAGAAUGCACCUCCAUCACCGGUAUAUCCUGAUACGGACGCUUCGCAUCUGUAUCCAUCAACGUCCGAAGGUGAACCGUGGCGGUGGGAGGAUGUUGACCCUUACUUUGACCCUUUAGUACAGAGCGACUUGGAAAACUUGAUUCGAUGGCGCAAGGAGAACGCCGAUUUCAUUGCGGCAAAUCCAAGUGCAUGGCGUGGCGUGUCAGGGAUGGAGAGUAAGCGUGCAGUAAUAGAGUCCAUGCUCGCAGAUGCUUCAGAUGCGUCGACGGCUCAUGUGGAUAUCCCCAUCCGUCGGGGACGUAGUUACCGUGACGUAUGGGAAGAGAAGGACUUUCUUGAUCAACAAAAACGCGAUAACUCAGUAGGAGAAAAUCAUGUCAAAAGUCAAGUGAUCAAGAAGCGCAGAGCGACUGUCAAUACGGACAGCUCGGUACUAGACUCCCAUCGUGACUUGGUGUAUGGAUACGACGAUGACCUCUUUCAGGAAUUCAGAGGUCGUCUGGAGGAGCGAGUGAAGGCGUAUCAUACUGAACUAUCCCCAGCUACACGACUGCAAGAUGAUACUUCGGACAUGAGUGCUGAUGAGAUUGUAUUUGAGGAAGAAGUUUUAUCUAUUUUUCCUGUUCAUCAGUUGCAUCCGGCGUCUUUAGGACUUUGGAAGCUCCGCAAGAAUCAAGUAGCUGAUUUUUCAGUUGUGCACCCUGCAUCUGUAAAUCGGACCAAAGUUCCUUCGCGCUCGAAAGAGGAGAUGAAGCGACAUCACCAACGACAAUAUGAGCUCCAACUACAGCAAACGGAUGAACUAGCUGAUCCAAGCGAUGGAGAUGAUGAAAGUACAAGUGAAACUGCUCGUGAUCAACUUCGUGCGACUAUUUCCAACAGCGAGGUUACUGAUGAGCUACCAUCAUUUGGCAACUGUGUGGAAGAGGAUGAAAUCUCGCAGGCGCUAGCUGCUUCGAUGCGAAAGUUGAUUUCGUUGUCCAUAUAUAACUGGCGAACUGCCCAGCUCGUUUACGAACGAGCAGCGUGCAGUAUCGAAUGUGCACCAAUCUUAGAGGGCGAAGCAGCCGCUGCGCGAGAGCUGGAAGAAGUGUUUUUGCAGUUGUGUCCUCCGGAGGAGGCCAAUGCGGAUACUACUGCACCUCCUGGUACUGGUCCAACUCGUAAACCAAUCAAUAGUGCUCCGCACGAUAUGAUUGCCUAUAGUAUACGCCAUGAUAUCGCGGAUAAUUGCUCAUGGGCUGUGGCAGCGUCGGUGGAAUUUGCGUUAGGACUGAGCGUGGGCGACGUAGUUGACGUACUCGACCGGAACGGAUGUUGGAAUUAUGGCGAAGUGGUGGAAAUCUACUCGGAAAACAAACUGGGAAUUUCCAAGUUUGUGCUGAUGCGGUUUUCGCUGUGGUCUGAGGACACCGUGGAAUGGAUCGCGGCCAGCGAAGGUCGAAUAUUGCCUCAAGGUGUCGCUGACGGGACACGCUCCUAUUCGGUUGGUCCCACCCGUGCCCACCGAGCUCGCGUGCGAUAUGAUCAAAAUCUCGCCAGGCGAUUAGAGCGAUCAUUUCCACAGCGACAGGCCAAUCGAGCAACCGCUGCGUCACAAAUGCAAGCACAACGUCACCAUAAUGCAGUAUUACGAUCCUCGAGUGAUCAACAGAAGACGCCGCAAAAGCGUAAACGAAAACGGCCUGCUAAAUCUACAGCGGUGGCUACGACUUCUUAGCCGUAACCAAGAUGUGCGGAAACAUGUAGGCUACGUAUAAAAGAAUGACAUGAUUUCCGACGAAUACGAUAACAAACUGAGCUGGUGUUCGUCGAGACAAGAUGAAGAUAUGGCCAAGAAACAAGAAAGCCAAUCGACGAAGGUCAGGCAGCAAUGAACGUCUAAAUUAGCGAGUUUGGUCUUGUAUUUUUAGGUGUACAACAGUGUUUUUUUUUUUUUU